UUCUACAACCCACAAUGUUCCUGGGUCCAUAAUCCCAGAGGGAUAAAGAAUAGGAAAGCUAUCAGGGGAGAGGAUGAGAUACAGAGCUCUGGUGGUGGGAACUGUGUGGAAUUGUACCUCUCUUAUCCUAUGGUCUUGUCAAUACUUGCAUUUUAUAAACAAUUUUUUUAAAAGAGUGUCGAAAGAAGGAAGGAAAGAAAGAAAAAGAAAGAAAAGAAAGGAUACCCAAAAUCAAAAUGAGUUCCUCUACAUGACCAUCACACAGUUAAACUCUGCAAACCACAACUUCAUCUACGUCAAACAUUUCAAAAACCACACAAAAAGGAAAGAAAAUUUUGAGACCUGCAGUGGGGUGGUUUCUGCUAUCAUCAGUCCAACAGCUAGCUCACUUUUCUUGGGAGACAAGCAGCACCAAGCCAGCCAAGGCUCAAAACUCUAUCCCCAGGUUACUUGGGACUUCUUAAUUGAGAUACUCUUCCUAACCCAUAAGAUGGCAAAUAUGUCUCUCUCCUGCCCGAUCUACAGAGACAUGGAGCCUUUCCCGUAUUUCUUUUACCUAGUUUUCCUCGUUGGGAUUAUCGGCAGUUGCUUUGCAGCCUGGGAUUUCUCCCAGAAAAACAGGGACACCAGGUGCAUGAGCAUAUACUUAGUCAAUCUGCUCACAGCUGACUUCCUGCUCACGCUGGCCCUGCCAGUCAAGAUCGUGGUGGACCUGGGCGUGGCGCCCUGGAGGCUGAGGAUCUUCCACUGUCAGGUCACGGCCUGCCUCAUCUACAUUAAUAUGUACUUGUCCAUCAUCUUCCUGGCGUUUGUCAGCCUGGAUCGCUGUCUCCAGCUGAUGCACAGCUACAAGGUUUACCGGAUACAAGAACCCGGCUUUGCCAAGAUGCUAUCGACCGUUGUGUGGCUGAUGGUCCUCCUCAUCAUGGUGCCCAACAUGGUGCUCCCCAUCAGAGACGUCAAUGAGAAGCCCAACGUGGGCUGCAUGGAGUUCAAAAGGGAGCUCGGGAGAAACUGGCAUUUGCUCACAAACUUCAUAUGCACUGCGAUCUUUCUCAAUUUCUCAGCCAUCAUUUUGAUAUCCAACUUCCUUGUGGCUCGACAACUCUACCGGAACAAGGACAAUGACAACUAUCUGUUCGUGAGGAGGACGCUUGUCACCAUACUCUUAGUGACUGCCGGCUACAUUGUCUGCUUUGUGCCCUAUCACAUUGUCCGCAUCCCAUACACGCUCAGCCAGGUCCAGGUGGUCACCUCCGACUGCCCCACCAGGAUUUCCCUCUUCAAAGCCAAGGAGGCCACGCUCCUCCUGUCUGUGUCCAACCUGUGCUUUGACCCCUUUCUGUACUAUCAUCUCUCAAAGGCAUUCAGCACCACAGUCACUGAGACUUUCACUCACGAGAAGACCAGAGCUCAGAAAGAAAAGCUGAGUUGUGAAAAUGAUGUGUAAAGUCUGGACUGUCCAUACUGUUGCUUUCUGUCUUGCUGGACAAAGCACAAAACUACUGGGCAAGAGAAAGAGAGAACCAAGGGUCGGCAAAAGAGUUUACAUGGAUAGUGAACCUGCUUUGCCCUGUGUGUGACUCAGGUCUAAGCAAGGCCCCCAUCACAAUGGUGAAAACGUUGGUGCUGUGGUAUGUGGUAUGUUUCCCUCUCCUCUGUCUGUCUGGGAAAAAAAAAAAAGAAAAACUAGCCCUGAAUAUUGAACCCCAAAAAAUGAAAAAGAAAGAAAAAGGAAGAGAGAUGCUAAGUCAAAAAUACAGACACAGUGAGCAAUUGUGGUCUGGCUGACCCAGAAAUUCUAUUUCUACGUGCAGGCCACACCACCUACCUGUGGCUAAGAAUGAAUCUUAACCAAAAUAUUUGCAACCCCUGCCCCCCCCAAAAAAAGAUGAAAAAGUCAUGUUGGACCUUUAUAAAACUGUCAUAUCCUGGAAGCCCAAAGGAUGCCUACAACAUAGGCACAGAGAUAUUCAUUUAAAUACAUGGAACUAACUUCUUGAUAGAAUAUGCAAAACAGUCUCUAUGAAGUGCCAGAAUGCCCUUCAGCAACACGAUUUAAGGCUCUUUAGGUCAAAGAGAAGGAAAAAAAAGCUUUUUUUUUUCCAGGAAACCACUUGUGUGACUAAUUUUUAAUCCCUAAUUUCAAAGACAACAUACUCCAGUUUUGUUUUGUUUUUAAGCAUUCAGUCACUUUCUAACUUAAUAACUAAAAACUUAUUUCUAUAAAAAAAAAGGCCUAUCAAUGUGUGGAUAGGUUUAAAUGUAACAUAUAAGUAAAUGCUCCUCUUUUAUCUGUAAGUUACAAAUAAACCCUUUCCUGCUAUUAGGAAUGACAGAUCCAGUGAUUUCUUAUCUCCUGUAGAAACAGGAAACAGAUGCUAUAACAUUUCUCAUCAUUAGAAGUUAAGUUGUAGUAACUACUUAAACCACCGUUUGGAAUUAAAAGCUCAUAUAAAAAGAUACAGAACAGUGAAAUAAAAAUUGAACAACAGGGAGUCGGGCUGUAGCGCAGCGGGUUAAGCGCUGUUGGUGGUGCAAAGCACAAGGACCGGCAUAAGGAUCCCAGUUCGAACCCCGGCUCCCCACCUGCAGGGGAGUCGCUUCACAGGCGGUGAAGCAGGUCUGCAGGUGUCUGUCUUUCUCUCCUUCUCUCUGUCUUUCCCUCCUCUCUCCAUUUCUCUCUGUCCUAUCCAACAAUGACGACAACAACAAUAAUAACGACAACAAUAAAACAAGGGCAACAAAAGGGAAUAAAUAAAAUAAAUAAAUAAAUUUAAAAAAAAAUUGAACAACAAAAAAAAGAAGCUCUGUAUUUAAAAAUAAAACAAAAUAAACAGUAACACUGGCCAAAUGAUUUUUUUACAAUAUUUAUUUAUUCCCUUUUGCUGCCCUUGUUGUUUUACCAUUGUAGUUAUUACUGA